ACAACAUUCAAACAGAUUUCUUUGCAUCCGGGCCUGCUAAAAAACCAGCAAGCAAAGCAUAAGCAGAUCUUGCAGAUAGGAAAAGAGCAAAGUGAAAGAUGAGCUGGGAAAAAUUUACAUCCAGAGGGCGGUAUUUUCUUGCAUGAGACAAUAGUGGGACUUGGAGCCUAUUCCCUACCUGGAAAUUAUUGCAGAGAUUUUGAGUCCGUGUCCAAGAAGAUACUUUGGAGUGGAAGAAUGAUGCCCCUCCGGCUCACUAUCUUCUUCAUAACCAUCUAUGUGCUCAAAUCCUUGAGAGUAAUUAUGCAGAGGAGCUUAAUGUUUGCAGUGCUGGGCAGAGAGUGGGUGCAGGCCAAAAGGCUGUCAUCGGUGGACUUGAGUCUCAUAUGCCUGGGUAUUUGCUGCUUCUGUCUACAGUGGGCAUCUGUCCUGUACAAUUUUUGCUCCUAUUUUAACCCUAACUAUGUAUUUUGGUACUUAUCAAUCACCUGAGAAUUUACUAAUACUCUUACUUUCUGGUUAACCAGCUUGCUUGCUGUCUUCUACUGUGUCAAAGUCUCUUCCUUUACCAGUCCACCUCUUCUAGCUGAGGUGGAGAAUGUUGAGCCAAGGUUUGUUCCUUGGCUGUUGCUGGGUUCUUUGUUGGUUUUUUGUGUGUCAAUCAUCUUUUCAACUAUUAGGAAUUGUGUCAAUGUUCGCUUAAUCACCGUGGGGCGUUUCUCUACAAACAGCACUAUGGUUAAGGGACUUAAGACAUUCCAUUUGUUUACCAUAUCUCAUCUAAUGGUUGCAUUGGUUAUUCCUUUCCUCCUGUUCCUGGCCUCCACCAUCCUGCUCAUGGCCUCACUGUUCCAACACAUGGAGCAGAUGCAACACCAUAGCACUGGUCACUGCAUGAAAGCUCACACCACUGCCCUGACGUCUCUCACCAUCUUCCUCGUCCUCUUCACCUCUUACUUGCUAACCCUACUCAUCUCUAUUAUGAGUAUCUCAUUGGAUAAGAGGUCUUGGUUCGGGGCUUGGGGAGCUAUCAUCUGUGCUAUAGUCUCUAUUCACGCCACUUAA